CGUUCGGGGAAAAAGUAACGCACUGGGAGUCCAGAAUGUUAGUUGGGCGUGAAUCUGAUAUAUGUGUUUAAUGCCAUUGGGCGAGUACAAUUAUUAUCGGCAGUGAUCUGGAGCCGCUUAUUAUUUACCGCAGCUGCGUCUGCGUGCGUCUUUGCCUUUAAGGACCUGCGACAUUUUUUCCCCCGUACGAACAUCCAGUUGUCUACCGUCGAGAACCUUUGUGUUGUAGCGCUAGUUUUUCGAGAAGAACGCGCGGAUGGUUUCUUUUAACUGAUCUCGAUGUUUAUGCUGUAAUUUGCGUCGGCCGAACUCAAGCGCCGGAGGGGCGCGGGAGGACGACACCGCGCUCCAGAACAUCGCGUGGAGGAGGGGACGAAGACACAGAGGGGGUGUUCACUCAAAAUAUACUAUCCCUUUAAAACAAGGGGGACACGGCGGUGGGGGAGAGAUAGCGGGGCAGAGAAGACGGGAUAAAAAAAGAAAAGGAAGAAAGAGCGAGGGUGGGAGGGUGAGAGUAUUGCAGGAAAAAAAGGAAAAAAAUGUCAUCCUCUCGAUUGAAAUGCCGAGGCGGAGCCAUGGACGACGACCGGUGAAGCGCUCGCCAGACCCGAAUGAGAUUUAACGCAACGCCGAGGCUUACACAGAUGCCGCUCGGGGCCUGGAUGGAGAACCUUAUAAUAAAAUUUGAUGGCGUUAUUUUUAACCACGCCAUGCGACCGAUGAGAGCAAGUGAAACAUUAAACUACCAUUUUAAUUCUGUUAUUUUUGCAUGAAUUAUUACACAGCGGUCUAAUUAAUAAGAAAACACUUACAUGCAGAAAUUCAUUUUUUUUAUUUUGAAGCAUGAUAGGCCACUGUUAUGUGACAAUGCGGCGUUAAUAACAUUCUGUGACUGACAGCUGUCAUUUCUUAUUCUUUGUUUUUCACUAUUUAGAAAUAAGGUAAAAUAUAUAUUUAUCAGUGUCAGUGUAAUAUGCAUUCUUUCACUCUUUGAAUUGUACUAACAUGUUGGUAGAUUUACAUUUUAAUAUAUAAAAUUGAUUAAGACGAGACGAGAAAAAAAUCUUUUUUUUUUUUUUUUUUUAAACGGCGUCGGUAACGUUACUGUUCUACACGUCAUGAUGGAUGCGGCUUGGAGCAAUUUCCUCUUUCAGACUCCGCCUUCACAGUCCCAAACUGACGCGACCCUCCAAUCAGAUCUUCUACCGGAGCUCACCGAUGCCGCUCAGGAGCCGCCCCCUGAGCACAUACCCCCGCCCCCAUCCACGGUGGACACCGCGGCGCUGAGCGAGGAGCCCGUACCGGUUAAGCCAGUCACUCGACCAGCCCGACCUGCGCACAUCUGCUCCAUAUGUAACAAGCAGUUUAAGAACAGUUACAACCUGCGGCGUCACCAGUCUGUCCACACUGGGGUGAAGAUGAAGGACAGAGCCGCUAGAGAGAAAAUGGACGGAGGCAAGGCUGGAGCAAGAGUGGAGAGGCAGACCAUCCCUCUUUCUCUCCUCCAGCUGUCUAUACCUGCCUCCAUACCCACAGCGGUCGACCCCAUGGCCCAGCCUUCCCCAAUCAGCAAUCAGCAGGUAGAGACGGUGGCUGUCUCUAUCGCCCCAGCAACGGUUGCCAUGACAGUGAACCAGCCCCUCCCUACUGCAGUGGUGGUUACUGGAACAAUGGUUCAGGCUGCACCAAAUACCAACCUCAACGAUAACCUAAAUCCCACCCCGAUCCAAAUAUCUAUCCCAAUAACAAACCCCUUACCCAUCAACCCAACUCCCAAUCCUAAUCCCAACCCCAACCCUAACCCCAAUCCGGUCAGGAAGAACCAUGCUUGUGAGGCUUGCGGGAAGGCGUUCAGGGACGUGUACCAUCUUAACCGGCAUCGGUUGUCCCAUUCAGAUGAGAAGCCGUACUCCUGUCCAAUCUGCCAACAGCGCUUUAAGAGAAAGGAUCGGAUGAGUUAUCAUGUUCGUUCGCACCAGGGAGGAGUGGAGAAACCGUAUGUGUGUCCACACUGCGCCAAGGGCUUCUCACGGCCUGACCAUCUGAACAGUCAUGUGCGACAGGUGCACUCCACAGAAAGACCCUUCAAAUGUCCGACAUGCGAAUCUGCAUUCGCUACUAAAGACCGGUUACGAGCUCAUAUGAUCAGACACGAGGACAAGGUUCCCUGCCACAUAUGUGGCAAACUUCUCUCCCCUGCUUACAUCACAGAUCACAUGAGGGUGCAUAACCAAUCACAGCAUCACGUCUGUCACCUCUGCAACCGCAGUUUCACGACACUGACGUAUCUGCGCGUACACGCUCAGAAGCACCAUGGGCAAGAGUGGAAGGAGAGUGGGGUCGGCCGUGGCUCAGGCCCAGGCGGGGUGCUGUUAUGCCAGCUGUGCGGGGUACACUGUAAGACACCCACGCAGCUGCAGGGUCACAUGGCCACGCACGCCAACCAGACGGACCCCAACGUUCCUUGCCCCAUCAGCAGCAGCAGCAGUUCGGUGGCGACGGUGGGCGUAGCCACUCCUGUUUCCAGCCCUCCGGUCACAGUUGGGCUGCUGGUGACUGACUGCUCCAGCAUUGCUCCUCAGAGCCACAGCUAGCCAACAGAAAACUAUGAGGAGGGAGGGAAGAAGCGGGGAUUAAUGGGUGGGAUGGGAGAAAAAUCUAAGAGGAUGGACCCAACCUGGUCAGUCAAAGAAAUGAAGGUUUUUGAGGAAAAUAUUCCAGGAUUUUUCUCCAUAUAGUGGACUUCAAUGGGGAUCAGUGGGCUGAAGGUCCAAAUUGCAGUUUCAGUGCAGCUUCAAAGGGCUCUACAUGAUCCCAGCUGAGGAAUAAGGGUCUUAUCUAGCAAAACCAUCAGUGGUGAAAAAUCCUGGAAUGUUUUUCUUAAAAACCUUAAUUUCUUUUCAACUGAAGAAAGAAAGACAUGAACAUCUUGGAUGACAUGGGGGCUGCCAUGAAAAUGCCAACACAAAAACUGCCAUGAACACCUACCCCGUUAGCCCACCCUUCUCAUCCACCUCAAAUCUUGCUGGCACUGAGCAAGAACUGAAUGACUCUUCCCAAAGCAAGUGUGACUUUUGAAUGAACUCAAGAAACGUCACCCUGCUUCACACUCAGUUUUAUGUGCAGACAGAGCUGCAAGUCUCACUGGAUUGCUUUUCCCUCGUACGCUUUGAUCUGGUCUAAUGGAUACAGACUGAACGUGUUUAGAAGAUCCUAGGAAGAUCUGAUGGACGACUGGUUCGGGUGUCACUUUCUUGCAAAGUCCCAUUGGAGAGAUCACUGGUUUUAAAUGUAGGCUGUUAUUAAGUUCUGUCCCAGUUCAUUAUGAAAAAAAUCCAGUGUUGGGGAAUGUAGAGCACUAAGAGGAAUUGACACAUUAUGCCUCCCAACCUUUCCUUAUAUAAUAAUGGCUCAUAUCUACAUGAUCUUGGAGUCAGAAGAGAUGUUUUAUAAAUGAAUUUACUCUGUUGUAAGAGAUCAGUCCAACAGAACUUGAAGAUUUGAGGGGAUCAAAUACCAGUGCCAUUUCCUCUCAUUAAUCCCCGUGAAGAAUUGUAAAAGGGUUUAAUCAUGGUCACAAGGAUGAAAUAUUUAUAUUUGUAAUGUACGUAGUAUACGUGAGUACUAAAAAAGCAUCUAUUGUUCAAUGCCUCCUUUGAUAUUUUUCUCAUUGAUCUUAAUCUUUUUUUUUAACUAAAGAUGUUAAACAGAUGUAGUAAUGUUGGUUAUGUUGCAUAAGAUCUGUAACCUAUGUUUCCAGUUCUGUUUGUGUUGAUGCUUGUUUAACGCCAAUAUGUGUUGGUGUCGCUGUGCUCUUAUCCUAAAUAAUCUCUGUAUAAUGAACAUGCACCUGAUUAUACUGAAUUUAACUAA